GAGCCGUCAUUGGGUGGUGCAGCUGUCAAUCACGCCGUAUAUAAAUAGAGGCCGCGCGGCGCUCGGCCCGGCAGCGUGGCUGGCGUCCUCCGGUCCGACACGUGUGGCACACCAUCUCCUCCGGGAACCUCUGCCUGCUGUGGCAAGUGGGCUCGCCUGCAGGUACCGGGGCCUCUGCUCCGCCCGGCCUCCCCCGCAGGCGGCACGAUGGCGGAAGCGGCGGCAGGCGCCAGCGGAGAGGCCAUGGCGGCGCUGGUGGCGGCGGAAGGGUCCUUCGGCCCGGCGGGCCGGAGUUUCUCCAACUACCGGCCGUUCGAGCCCCAGACACUGGGCUUCAGCCCGAGCUGGCGGCUGACGAGCUUCUCUGGCAUGAAGGGCUGAGGCUGCAAGGUCCCCCAGGAGACUCUGCUCAAACUCCUGGAGGGACUGACGCGGCCCGCGCUGCAGCCCCCGCUCGCCUCGGGUCUGGUCGGGGGUCCGGAAGAGACGGUGCAGGAAGGGGUCCUGGCGGCCAGGCCGGGCCCCAGCUCAGCCCUCCCCUCGCUGAGCAUCGGGAUGGACUCCUGCGUCAUCCCCCUGAGGCACGGCGGCCUGUCGCUGGUGCAGACCACCGACUUCUUUUACCCCCUGGUGGAAGAUCCCUACAUGAUGGGGCGCAUAGCCUGUGCCAAUGUGCUCAGUGACCUCUACGCCAUGGGCAUCACCGAGUGCGACAACAUGUUGAUGUUACUCAGUGUCAGCCAGAGCAUGAGUGAAAAGGAACGCGAGAAGGUGACGCCGCUCAUGAUCAAAGGCUUCCGUGAUGCUGCAGAGGAGGGAGGAACUGCCGUGACCGGUGGACAGACGGUGGUCAACCCCUGGAUUAUCAUCGGUGGGGUGGCCACUGUGGUGUGUCAGCAGAACGAAUUCAUAAUGCCUGAUAGUGCGGUGGUAGGAGACGUGCUGGUGCUGACCAAACCUUUGGGAACCCAGGUUGCCGCCAAUGCCCACCAAUGGCUGGAUAAUCCUGAGAAGUGGAAUAAGAUCAAGAUGGUGGUUUCCAGAGAGGAAGUAGAGUUGGCCUAUCAGGAAGCUAUGUUCAACAUGGCUACUCUAAACAGAACUGCUGCUGGGUUGAUGCACACAUUUAAUGCCCACGCAGCCACAGAUAUCACAGGCUUUGGCAUUUUAGGACACUCUCAGAACCUCGCAAAACAACAGAAAAAUGAAGUGUCCUUUGUCAUUCAUAACCUGCCAAUCAUUGCCAAGAUGGCUGCCAUCAGCAAAGCCAGUGGGCGCUUUGGCCUCCUCCAGGGAACAUCAGCUGAAACCUCUGGGGGUUUACUGAUUUGUCUGCCAAGAGAACAGGCGGCCCGCUUUUGUUCGGAGAUCAAAUCUUCCAAGUAUGGAGAGGGUCACCAAGCAUGGAUCGUGGGCAUCGUGGAGAAGGGAAACCGGACAGCCCGGAUCAUUGACAAGCCUCGCGUUAUUGAAGUUCUACCUCGGGGAGCCGCUCCUGCUGCUGCUGCUGCUCCUGAAAAUUCCAACGCCGCCGCUGAGCCUAGUAUAUGAAAUGGAAUAAUAGCAGAAGUUGUUGGGGACUCAGAGCCAUUCCACGCGCUCACGGACUGUUGCCCAGGGUUGAUUUUAAGACCUUUGUGCAAAGGCUCUCUGCGUAGUGCCUCCAGGUGCCCUUGCUAGUUCCAUCCAAAGCUGCCUGUAUGUCCAUCUAGGGCCAUAAGUAGCAUUGGGGGAAUGUGUGUUCAUCUGUUGAGUGAUUGAGGAGCAGGAAGCCUUUUCCCAAAGCAAGAUGAGACUAUUCCAGGUUGAGGGAUUUUUUUCUUUGCACUGAGUUGAUUGAUUUCUGCACAGGGAGUAAAGAUUAUUAAGAUUACAUACGGAAAAAGUAAACUGCAACAUGAAAAGAAAUUAGAGUUUGGACCAAUAUAUUGAUAAGUCUAAAUUGUUAGAACUCCUACUGAUUCAUUGUCAAAUUCGUUAUUAAUUUUUCUGAGAAACCGCCUCUUUUCCUAUUCUGGACAAGAGUUGAGCAACUUGUCCAACUAGGAAAGGAAGACGCAGUCCCCUGCCUUGGUCUCUGUUAAUGAUGUCUCCUCCUGUAACUCCCACUAAGGACUGGAAGAGACUGAACAAGUCUCAGAGCCAGGUGAUGGUGGUCAUUAAUAUACUAAAUCUUAUGCUGAAAAUUCCCGGAGAUUUAGUUAAUAAAGAAAAUUUCUUACAGCUAAAUAAAAGGGACUUCGUUGAAAAA